CAAAAACGUCAGGAUGGUCCAAUCCCCACGACCGAAUUAGGCACGAGCAUUUUUCAAAGGUCUGCCGCACGCCCACACCCUUCCAGAUUUCGAAAACCCGCGCGUUGGAAGUCAGAGGGGUGGGGCCAGCAGGGGGACGACCAAGGCCCUGGCCGUGCUGGGACAAUGUACCCGAGGUUGGCGGCCUCCCGCCCGCAGUGGUCCGACAGCUUUGGCCUUUGGUUGAACAUGAGAGAUGCGAGAUAAACACGCCCAUCCAUUGAGCUGUCUGGUCCAUGGAUUUCCGCUACCUCCAGUCCUGGUGGGGCAGAGGUGAGGGAUGGUCACGAUACAACCAAUAGGCGGCGCAGGCAGAAGGACAAGCAGCAACACCGCAGUACGAGACCGACGCCAUCAUCUGCGAGCCACGCCGCUGCCAAGUAGGCGGGGUCGAUGGCCAAGCACGAUGACGAUUGGCUUGGAAUAAGGGGUACUGCAGGACAUCAAGGCCAAGAUUGUGGAAGACAGCAUGCAGCCAGAAGGACAACGCCCAACCUACACGGUGAAAGCCCUCUGGACACGCCUGUGGGGGAGAGGAGCACGACUCUCUGGAUAACGAGGCACGUCGGCGGGUUUGAUUGGGGCUAGGGUCCAUCGUGGCUGUGCCUGCUGCUUGAUGCGUGUGCCAGGCUAGGGAGGACGGCGAUAAACCAUGAGAAAAUCAGAGGCUGGGGACGGAUAGGACAGGCUGGGUCGCGGCGAAUAUCGUAGAGCCAGUCCAAGAAUCACUAGUGCGCGACUGCGCGCUGAGUUCUCGCGAUUCUGGGGCUUG